AUGUCACAUUACAUUACACUAGCAACAUGUUCAUUGAACCAAUGGGCUAUGGAUUUUGAAGGGAAUAGAGAUCGAAUUCUUGAAUCUAUCAAAAUUGCCAAAAGUAAAGGCGCAAAGUUAAGGGUUGGACCAGAACUAGAAGUCCCUGGAUACGGCUGUCUUGACCAUUUCCUUGAGAAUGAUACAUAUAUUCAAUCAUGGGAGAUGUAUUCGACUAUUUUGGCUGAUAAGGAAACAUAUGGUUUGUUGUUAGAUAUUGGUAUCCCAAUUAUCCAUAAAAAUAGACGUUAUAAUUGUAGGAUAUUAUCAUAUGAUGGGCAGAUAUUAUUAAUUAGACCCAAAAUUCUAUUAGCCAACGAUGGUAACUACAGGGAAAUGAGAUAUUUUACGCCUUGGUUAAAGACACAAUAUGUGGAAGAGUUCAGAUUGCCUAAACUGAUCAGAGACAUCACGGGUCAGAACUUUGUUAAAUUUGGUGAUGCCGUUAUAAGCACUUUGGAUACUGUGAUUGGAUGUGAGACGUGUGAGGAGAUGUUCACUCCUCAAGCACCACAUAUUCAGUUAUCCUUGGAUGGCGUUGAGAUUAUUACUAAUUCGUCAGGCUCACAUCAUGAAUUGAGAAAAUUAAAUACAAGGCUCUCAUUGAUUAUGGAAGCAACACGGAAAUGUGGGGGUAUUUAUUUAUAUUCCAACCAAAAUGGUUGUGACGGUGAUAGAUUGUACUAUGACGGUUGCUCAAUGAUUGUAUGUAAUGGUGAAAUUCUAGCACAGGGUAAACAGUUUUCCCUUGAUGAUGUGGAGGUUUUAACCGCUACAAUUGACUUGGAGGAUGUCAGAGCUUACAGAGCAUUGGCAAGUCAUGGAAUCCAAAGCAGAAUGUCUCCAGUUUAUGAUAUUGUGCACGUUGAAGCAGAACUAUCUCCAGAUUCGGUCAACUUUGAUGUGACGAUUGAACCGACAUUACCAAGGGAGGUUUUCUACCACUUACCUGAAGAAGAAAUUGCCCUUGGACCAGCGUGCUGGCUAUGGGAUUACCUUAGAAGAUGCAAAGGAUCUGGUUUUUUUUUGCCAUUAAGUGGGGGUAUCGAUAGUUGCGCCACUGCUGUGAUUGUCCACUCUAUGUGUAGGCUAGUUAUUGAAAAUAUCAAAGCUGGAAAUAAACAAGUUAUGAAGGAUGUUCAGAUGAUCACAAAGAAUGAUAAUUUUCCAAAUACGCCACAAGAGUUGGCAAAUCAGAUCUUCCAUACGUGUUAUAUGGGCACAUCAAACUCUUCGAAUGAAACCAAGAGCAGAUCAAAAGAACUAUCAUCCAAGAUUGGAUCAUACCAUGUUGAUUUGAAUAUGGAUAAUGUUGUUUCUUCAGUUGUUGCACUAUUUGAAGUUGUAACUGGCCGCAGACCUAUCUAUAAGAUAUUCGGUGGUUCAAAUAUUGAGAAUUUAGCAUUACAAAAUAUCCAAGCUAGGCUACGUAUGGUCUUGGCAUAUUUAUUUGCGCAAUUAUUACCAUGGGUCAGAGGUAAGGAAAACACUGGCGGAUUGUUGGUUUUAGGAUCAGCUAAUGUUGAUGAGCAACUAAGAGGUUAUUUGACAAAAUAUGACUGUUCAUCAGCAGACAUUAAUCCAAUUGGCGGAAUAUCCAAAAACGAUUUGAUCAAGUUCAUAAGAUGGUCUGUAGAUUAUUUUCAACUCCCGAUACUGAAGGAAUUUGUGGAUGCCACACCAACUGCGGAGUUAGAGCCAAUAACAAAAGAUCAUAUCCAAUCUGAUGAGGCCGAUAUGGGAUUUACAUAUGAUGAGUUGAGCAUUAUGGGAAGAUUACGGAAGGUUGAGAAAUGUGGUCCAUAUUCUAUGUUUAUAAAAUUAUUACAUAUAUGGAAGGACAAAAAGACGCCUGAUGAGAUUGCUAGUAAAGUCAAUAGUUUUUUCUGGUAUUAUAGUGUCAACAGGCAUAAACAAACGGUCAGUACACCUUCGUAUCAUGCGGAACAAUAUUCACCUGAUGACAAUAGGUUCGAUUUGAGGCCAUUCUGUAUUGACCCUAGCUUUUCGUGGGGAAGACACAAGAUCCAAAGUGUUUUGAAGAAGAUGGAAAAUAACGAAAAAAUAAACACUAUGACGGUAGACUGA